GUAUGAUCGCACAUAUUUAUUUUCCGUAAUCGGUCUGAAAUUUAUGAAUUCUCACGUCAGGAGGAUGUGGCGUUGACCCUCCCGCUCGCGCAGGCAAGGAAAGUCUCGACCUCGCCGAGUGCGCCUUCUCCCCGCGUCUCCAUAUCGCCAAUAUUUCCAAACCACCGAUGCUGACAGUCUUGGUCGACCCACCACGCAAGUCUCAGAUAUCUUGCGAAUACCCCAUUGACUCGGCCUGGAUAUUCAUCCAGCGAAUUCAAAGUAUAGUACAAUGCCUUCUCGCGGUACCCGACAAGCAGCAUCCAACGCUGUCGCCGCCUCGCCACCGCGUUCGCCCGAAGACCACAAACGCAAGCUUGCCGACGAAGGCCGCGAACAAGCUUCUCCACUCCGUCGAUCGAAGCGCGUCAAGUCAACUGGCCACACCGAAACUCCCUUGUCCGCGCCUUUGUCUAAAACGGAAACCAACAAGGGGAUCCGGAGCACAACUGCAGCGUCUCCGAGAAACAAUACAGCCCGUGCAGGCGAGGUUGCCGCCAUCGCGGUGAAGCACGAAGUUGAGGAAGAGGUUGAGACUGCUAUCAUUGGGAAAGACUCAACGGAGGAAAAGGACAGCCUAGUCAAGGAAGAAGGGAUUGAGGAGAAGUCGGUGGAAACAGUCAAGGUCUCUAGGAAGCGGAAACCCAAAGAAGAGGUCGAAAUGUUGCCUCUAAGACCUCGGACACAGGGCCUACGCAUGCUAGUGGGCGCGCAUGUCAGCGCAGCCAAAGGCGUCUUCAAUUCCGUGAAUAAUAGCAUGCAUAUUGGUGGGAACGCAUUUGCGCUCUUUCUGAAGUCGCAAAGGAAAUGGGACAAUCCGCCUCUUCAGGAUGACCACCGGGAUCAAUUUAGAGCGCUGUGCGAGGAGCACAAGUACGAUGCAGCAAAACACAUCCUUCCGCACGGCUCCUAUCUCGUCAACCUGGCGCAAGAAGACAAAGCCAAAGCCAAGCAAGCCUACGACUCCUUCCUUGAUGAUCUACGUCGGUGCGAAGCCUUGGGAAUUCAGUUGUACAACUUCCAUCCCGGAUCCGCCAACUCCACCCCUCACGCCAGUGCCAUCACUCGACUGGCCUCCGCUCUUACCUCGGCUCUCCGCGCCACCGAUUCCGUGAUUCCCGUCCUCGAAACCAUGUGCGGCCACGGCAGCACUAUCGGCGGUUCCCUUUCCGAGUUCAAGGAAUUGCUCGCCCAGAUCCCUGCUGACCUGCACCCACGAAUCGGUAUCUGCAUUGACACCUGUCACAGCUUCGCAGCAGGCUACGACCUCGUCACCCCGUCGGGCUUUGCGGCUUUCAUGCAGGAGUUCGAGGAUUUGAUCGGCAUCCAACACCUCCGGGCCCUCCACCUGAACGACUCCAAAGCGCCGCGCGGCAGUAAACGCGACCUCCAUGCGAACAUUGGCACGGGGUUUUUGGGGUUACGAGCGUUCCAUAAUGUCAUGAACGAGAAACGGUUCGAGGGGGUGCCGAUGAUUCUGGAGACGCCAAUUGACCGGCCAGAAACCAACUCUGCAGUUAAGAAUGAAAGUGGGGAUGAGGGUCAGGCUAAGGGCAAGAAGAAAGCGACGGCGAAGAAACGAACGGGUGCAUCGGCGAAGCUGGUCCCGGACCACAGUGUCUGGGCGAAGGAAAUCGAGCUUCUCGAAUCCUUGAUCGGAAUGGAUCCGGACGGGGAGGAGUUCCAGGCUCUGGAGACGAAAUUGGCAGAUGAGGGGAGGGAGAUGCGCGAGAAGCAGAUAGAGCAGUACUUGCGGAAGUUGGAGGCGGAAGAGAAGAAGGCAGCUAAGGGGUCGGGCGCGAACAAGGGACAGAAGACGCUGAUGGAAAUGAUGAACGCGGCCGGAAAGAAGAAGGGGAAGACAAUGAAGAAGAAAAAGGACGAGAGUGACGUGGAGGAUGAGGAAGGAUGUCAGUCACAUUCUGAGGAUUAGUGUAAACCACUCGAGAUGAGAGCACUGUAAUAAGUCCCUACUACCUAUGACAGAAUACACAUCCCG